GUUGAACAACAGAAUAUGGCUGCCUGGCUUGUUGGUAUAAACUCUCUCAAGAUUCAACCUUUCAACCUUCCAACUCUUGGACCUCAUGAUGUCAGAAUUAGAAUGAAAGCUGUUGGAAUCUGUGGGAGUGAUGUUCACUACCUCAAGACUGAUAGAAACAGGGUGCAGAAUGUGGGCUUUGAUUAUGGGCCUAAGCCAAGGGUGUGGAAGGUUUAUAAGAGGAAAAAGACAAAAGGAAAGGGGAAUGAUGACGUGGUUAAGAAUGUAUGAGUGGCAUGAGAAAAAGGUUAUAUAAGGAGUGAGUGGAGGCAGAGAUGGGUAGCCAAGAAUUCUGUUAUGAUUUUGUGGGGUCACCUCUAGGUGAUUUGGGCAGAGGCAUACGUGCUUCUUAGGACUGGUAUUCCACUACCAGUUUGUUGCAUCUUUUCUCUUUCCCUAAUACAUGUAAUUGUGAAUCCUUCAUUGAAUACAAUUGCAUUGCUGUUAUCCUUUCUCUUCUUUUUCUUUCUCAAAAUCAUAUUAACUGUUAUAUUAUCCUAUCAAUUGGUCUGACCUACCGGAUCAAAUCACACUGCCAACGAAGGUUGUAGAUGCCAAGGAAACCUAAGAUGGGCGAUCGGAUUGACGCUUUGGAGGCACAGGUAGGGAAUGUAACGACGACGCUGCAAGAGCUUGCGCUACAAAUGCAGAACCACGCUCAACAAAUGCAACAACAGAGCCUGAUUCUGACGGAGCUGAGUAAGCAGUUGGGAAAAAAGGUAGUGACUCAGGAGGAGAACUCUGAGGGUAACUCAUCACAGAGUGAGUCUCGCCUUGCAGGGAAGAAGGUGAAGCUUCCGCUGUUUGAAGGUGACGACCCGGUGGCGUGGAUCACACGUGCUGAGAUCUAUUUCGAUGUGCAAAACACAUCUGAUGAUAUGCGUGUGAAAUUAGCGCGUUUAAGCAUGGAAGGGGCAACCAUCCAUUGGUUCAACCUUUUGAAGGAAACAGAAGAUGAGUUAUCAUGGGAGAAGUUGAAACGGGCGCUUAUCGCACGAUACGGAGGAAGAAGGUUGGAGAAUCCGUUUGAAGAAUUGUCUACUCUUAGACAGAAGGGAAGUGUGGAAGAGUUCGUGGAAGCAUUCGAGUUGUUGUCGUCGCAGGUGGGAAGACUCCCGGAAGAACAAUACCUGGGAUAUUUCAUGAGUGGUCUGAAACCGCAGAUUAGGAGGAGAGUUCGAACCUUGAAUCCUCAAAAUCGUAUGCAGAUGAUGAGGAUUGCGAAAGACGUGGAAGACGAAUUGAAGGAGGAAGAUGACGAUGACGAGCGUCGUAGUGGAAAGAAAGGGGGGUAUGAACGUUUGGGCCGAAAUGAUUGGGUUGGGUCAUUAAAAAAUAAAAAAGGGCCCAAUUACCUAAACCACUCCUUAACAGCGGGUGGGUCAAACCCGGGGCAGAAAACGGGUUCCAGCGGAUCUAAUGCAAAUCACACUUCGUCAUUCGCAUCAACAGCUCGCAAGAGUGAGAACGACCACCGUUCUGGGUCGUCGGAGAGAUGGAAGGGUGUACGAAGCUUGCACAACGAUGAGAUGGCGGAAAGAAGGGCAAAGGGGUUAUGCUUCAAGUGUGGAGGUAAGUAUCAUCCUACCCAACACAAGUGCCCUGAGCGAACCUUGCGGGUUCUGAUCUUGGGUGAGGGAGAAGAGAUGAACGAGGAAGGGGAAAUCGUGACGAUGGAAGAGGUGGCAAAGGAAAGUGAAGAGGAAAUCGAAGUUGAAUGUAAGUUGAUGGGAGUUCUGGGGAGUAUGGGGGAGCACCAUACUAUGAAGGUUGAAGGUAAAAUUGAGAACGUAGAUUUGUUGGUGUUGAUUGAUAGUGGGGCAAGUCAUAAUUUCAUUUCACCUAAAGUAACUACUGCUUUAGGGCUUAAUGUCACUCCUGUAACUGCAAAAAAUAUUAAGUUGGGUGAUGGUCACAUGGUCAUAACAAAAGGGGUGUGCAAAGGGGUUAGUAUGAAGAUGGGAGAGAUAGAGAUUAUUAUUGAUGCUUUGGUGUUGGAGUUAGGGGGGUUGGACAUGGUGUUAGGUGUUUCUUGGCUGAGUACUUUAGGGAAAGUGGUAAUGGAUUGGAAAACAUUGACGAUGCAAUUUUUCCAUGGAAAUCAGUUGGUAAAGCUUCAAGGGCAGGGAAAUAGGAAUAUGAGGCAGUGGUAUCUGAACACUUUCCUAGAAGACAUUCACAACAGGGCAGGAACAGAUUGGUGGUGGUCACAGUUUCAGGCGAUAGAAGCAGAGGAUUCUGCAGUCUCACAUGGAGUGAAUGAUGUAUUGAAGGAGUUUCCUGAGGUGUUUACAGAUCAGAUUCGACUACCUCCUGAGAGGACACAGGUGCAUCGGAUUCAAUUGUAUCCGGAGCAUGGUCCUAUCAAUGUUAGGCCAUAUAAAUAUCCUCAUCAUCAGAAAGAAGAGAUUGAGAAGCAAGUGGGUGAAUUGUUGGAGGCAGGAAUCAUCAGACCAAGCAUGAGCGCUUAUUCUAGCCCCGUGAUAUUGGUCAAAAAGAAAGACAAGAGCUGGAGGAUGUGUGUGGAUUAUAGGGCUCUCAACAAAGCUACAGUACCAGAUAAGUAUCCCAUUCCCAUAGUAGACGAGUUGUUAGAUGAGCUGUACGGGGCUACUAUGUUUUCCAAGAUCGAUUUAAAAUCGGGGUAUCACCAAAUUAGGGUACUUGAGAGUGACGUUCCGAAAACAGCUUUUAGAACUCACAAUGGUCACUAUGAGUACUUAGUCAUGCCCUUUGGACUGAUGAAUGCCCCGGCUACCUUCCAAGCCACCAUGAAUGAUCUUUUUAGACCAUAUUUGAGAAAAUUUGUUUUGGUUUUCUUCGAUGACAUCCUAAUAUAUAGCAAGGACAUUAAAGAACACCAACAACAUUUGAAGCUGGUAUUAUCGAGCCUAGCAGCCCAUUGCUUUGUGGCAAAUCAAUCAAAGUGCAAGUUUGGCUGUACUCAUAUUGACUACCUUGGACAUAUAAUUUCAGGAGAAGGAGUUGCCGUAGAUCCGGAGAAGGUGAGGUGUAUCCUUGAUUGGCCUGAACCAAAAAAUGUGAAGGGAGUGCGCGGAUUUUUAGGUCUCACGGGAUACUACCGAAAAUUCGUCAAGGACUAUGGCAAGAUAGCAAAACCCCUCACGGAAUUGACUAAGAAGGACAAUUUUAAUUGGGGAAUGGAGGCCACUAAGGCUUUCAAUGACCUGAAGAGAAUUAUGACAUCUCCUCCUGUCUUGAUGCUUCCUAAUUUUGAGUUACCUUUUGAAGUGGAGUGUGAUGCUGCGGGCAGAGGUAUAGGGGCUGUUUUAAUGCAGCAGAGACAACCUGUAGCUUUCUUCAGCAAGGCAUUAUCUGAGGGCAAUUUGGUAAAAUCGGUAUAUGAAAAGGAAUUGAUGGCCUUAGUCUUAUGCAUUCAACAUUGGAGACAUUACUUGUUGGGCAGGGAGUUUGUAGUUUAUACAGAUCACAAGAGCCUGAAGCAUUUUCUACAGCAGAGAAUCUCCUCUCCUGAUCAACAAUGUUGGCUUGCCAAAUUGUUGGGCUAUCAAUUUGAAGUUAGAUACAAACCAGGGACGGAAAAUAGGGCAGCAGAUGCCUUAUCCAGAUGCUAUGAUGAGGGAGAAUUUAACACCAUCAUUUCUUAUCCUAUGUGGGCCGAAAGGCAGAAAUUGUUGGAGGAGAUAGCCAAUGAUCCAUAUAUUCAAAGAUUGAUAACCGAAGUACGAGAGAAACCAGAUGGCAGACCUGGGUUUUAUGAGAAACAGGGAGUUUUAUUGUAUCAUGGGAGGUUGGUGAUUUCACCAACAUCACCUUCAAUACCUUGGUUGCUGGAAGAAUUCCACAAUACCCCAGUUGGAGGACAUUCAGGUUUUCUGAGAACAUACAGGAGGCUGGCUGAUACUUUAUAUUGGGUAGGGAUGCAGAAAAGUGUAAGAGAUUAUGUGAGGUCAUGUGAUGUGUGUCAGAGACAGAAGUACAGUGCUACUACUCCUGGAGGACUGUUACAACCACUGCCCGUACCUAAUGCAGUUUGGGAGGAUCUUUCUUUAGACUUCAUCACUGGUUUGCCUAAGUCUAAAGGAUAUGAAGCUGUGUUGGUGGUGGUGGACAGAUUGUCCAAAUACAGCCAUUUUAUUUUGCUAAAACACCCUUACACUGCAAAAUCCAUAGCUGAGUUAUUCGUCAAAGAGGUGGUGAGAUUACAUGGAAUUCCGAAUUCCCUAAUCAGUGACAGAGACCCUAUUUUUAUUAGCCAUUUUUGGAUGGAACUAUUUAAAAUGCAAGGAACCAAACUUAAGAUGAGUUCAUCGUACCAUCCCGAAACCGACGGUCAGACGGAAGUAGUCAAUAGGUGUUUGGAGAGUUACUUGAGGUGUUUUGCUUCUGACCAUCCCAAGACGUGGUCGUAUUGGAUACCGUGGGCUGAAUUUUGGUACAACACAACUUAUCAUAUCUCUAUUGGGAAGUCCCCUUUUGAGGUGGUGUAUGGGAGGCAGCCACCUACUCUACUGAAGUUCUUAACUAAUGAAACGAAAGUAGCUGCUGUGGCACUUGAGUUAAGAGAGAGAGAUGAAGCCUUGAAGCAACUCAAGCUGCAUCUGUUGAAAGCUCAGGAGCAGAUGGCAAGGUAUGCCAACAAAAGAAGAAGAGAUUUAUGUUUUGACGUUGGAGAGUGGGUUUUCUUAAAACUCAGGCCUCAUAGGCAGCAAUCGGUAGUGAAAAGAAUUAAUCAGAAAUUGGCUGCUAGAUUCUAUGGCCCUUUUCAGGUGGAAGAGAAAAUUGGAGAAGUCGCAUACAAGUUGAAACUUCCAGCCGAGUCAAAAAUCCAUCCUGUGUUCCAUGUAUCUUUAAUCAAAAGAGCAGUAGGAAACUAUGAGGUACAAGGAGAACUGCCUAGAGAAUUGGAGAUAAAUGAGGCUGCUGAUGCGUAUCCAGAUAAGAUUGUGGGUUCUAGAACUGUUUUGCAAGGCGAUACUGAAGUGCAGCAGAGCUUGGUCCAAUGGAAGAACCGGUCCAUUGAUGAUGUGACAUGGGAAGACAAUGAACUUCUAAUUGGGCAAUUUCCUGAAUUCUACCUUGAGGACAAGGCUGUUUCUAAGGAGGUGGGAGUUGAUAGAAACAGGGUGCAGAAUGUGGGCUUUGAUUAUGGGCCUAAGCCAAGGGUGUGGAAGGUUUAUAAGAGGAAAAAGACAAAAGGAAAGGGGAAUGAUGACGUGGUUAAGAAUGUAUGAGUGGCAUGAGAAAAAGGUUAUAUAAGGAGUGAGUGGAGGCAGAGAUGGGUAGCCAAGAAUUCUGUUAUGAUUUUGUGGGGUCACCUCUAGGUGAUUUGGGCAGAGGCAUACGUGCUUCUUAGGGCUGGUAUUCCACUACCAGUUUGUUGCAUCUUUUCUCUUUCCCUAAUACAUGUAAUUGUGAAUCCUUCAUUGAAUACAAUUGCAUUGCUGUUAUCCUUUCUCUUCUUUUUCUUUCUCAAAAUCAUAUUAACUGUUAUAUUAUCCUA